AUGGACCAGGUUCAACGGUUCAGAUUCUCAAUGAUAUCUCUAGGCACCUUGAUAGAGCAGGGAGCACGGCCGUCCGAUUACAUGGUGCUAUUUCCCGAUGGCACCUUGCUGAGCUGGCAGGUCGUGCUGGCUCUGGGAUUCGACCACGUGUACAGCUCGCCGCUGUUCCUCUCCCUGCUGCUGCUGCUCGCUGCCUCCCUUGCUGCCUGCACGUCAGUGCGCCAGCUGCCCAUGCUCAAGGUCGCACAGAGGUGGUCCUUCAUCCAACGGCCAGAGUCGCUCCGCCAGAUGGACUUCUCUGAUUCGCUGGAGAGGGCGCAGAUUGCUGACCUGGCAACGCUGCUCAUGCGCAAGGGCUACCAGGUUUUCCAGAAAGGCUCAUCUAUGUACGCGUUUAAAGGCCUGGUGGGCCGAUUAGCUCCCAUCGGUGUGCACGCUGCGCUGCUAUUGGUCAUGGCCGGGGGUUGCUACAGUGCGCUGGGGGGUUUCCAAGGGACUACCCUCACGCCGCAGGGGUUAGACGUGGUUGUACCCUCUGCACUGCAGGGCAACAGCAUCUUUGCCCGGCCUACCACUGCAAUGAACAUGCUUGUGCAUGUGAAUCGUUUUUACAUCGAGUAUCGACCGAAUGGAGAGGUGAAGCAAUUUUUCUCAGACCUCUCAGUCACGGACUUAUAUGGCAGGGAGCUGCAAAGAAAGACCAUCAGCGUCAACGACCCCCUGCGCUGCCAGGGAGUCACCAUGUACCAGACCGACUGGGCGAUCUCGGCCGUCCAGCUGCGAUCCGACGGUGGAGAGCCCUUCAAGCUGCCCAUGGCGUCGCUCCAGGAGCCGGGCAGCAGCCAAAAACUUUUUGGGACGUUCUUGCCGACGGGGGAGGAGGAGAAUGCGGAUGGGGGAGAAGCAACGACCACGGGCAUAAGCAUUCUUGCCCGCGACCUGCAAAACGUGGUGAUCUACGACUCGAAGGGCGAGUUUGUCGGGGUGAGGCGGCCGGGGUCGAACCGACCAAUCACAGUGGAGGGGAAGAAGCUGGUGGUAGAUGAGCUGAUCGGCAGCACGGGGCUGGAAUUGAAGAUGGACCCAGGCGUGCCCUAUGUGUAUGCUGGCUUCGGUGCCCUCAUGCUCACCACCGCCAUCAGCUACCUCUCUCACUCGCAGGUACGCAUCCCCUCUUGUGCACACUUUCUCCUCCCUCCUCUCUGA